GUGACAGAGAUGUUUGGUUUGUCAGAGAAAAAGGAUGAAUAUUCUUCCGCGGACAUUGGACUCGGAAACUUCACUCUUAUCGUUGGGAGGCAUCGUCCUGACGAUGAUCGUGUCUCGUCUCUCCCACGUGCGAGCUCAGCUCCACAGCACGUGUGACCCUCAUUCUUCAUGCGUGCGAAUAUACCCGCCAACAUCGCUCUAUAAAUACCGAUCUCAACUCCUCAACUCUCACACCACUCAUCGGAAAAUGGACAGCGUCGAUGCCUCGAAGCUCCGGUCGGAGUUCCUUCAACUCCUUCGCACUCGUCGAUCGGCUGAAGUUCCACUUACUGUGGAAGCCGGAAAACCUGUGGUGGAUCCUUUGUAUCAGGAAACUCCCCGGCCAAACUUCAGUGAGGCAAUGGAGUCUUGUCCAAAGGCAAAUAUUCCAAACUUUAAAGAUCUAGUUAAAGAAGAAAAUCUCUACUUGACGACUGAGGCAGGAGAUCAAGGACGCUUGCCUGUGCUGAUUUUGAGCAUGAAGGAAAGCAAUUAUCAAAGAAGGCCAGCUGUCGUUUUUCUGCAUAGCACUAAUAAGUGCAAAGAAUGGUUACGGCCAUUGCUUGAGGCGUAUGCUUCACGGGGAUAUAUAGCUAUUGCUAUUGACUCUCGUUACCACGGAGAACGUGCCAGCAGUCUGACCACCUACCGAGAUGCUCUUGUAUCAUCAUGGAAAAAAGGUGAUACAAUGCCAUUUAUUUUUGAUACGGUCUGGGACUUGGUAAAACUAGCAGAGUAUCUUACAGGGAGGGAGGAUAUAGACCCAUCUAAAAUAGGGAUCACCGGAGAAUCACUUGGAGGAAUGCAUGCAUGGUUUGCUGCUGCUGCUGAUACACGUUAUGCAGUGGUUGUCCCUAUAAUUGGUGUUCAGGGAUUUCGAUGGGCUAUAGACAAUGAUAAGUGGCAGGGCCGAGUUGACAGCAUCAAGGCUGUAUUUGAAGAAGCACGGAUUGAUUUAGGCAAGACUGCAAUCGAUAAAGAAGUGGUGGAGAAGGUCUGGGAUAGGAUCGCUCCUGGCUUAGACUCUCAGUUCGAUUCACCUUAUACAGUUCCAAUUAUUGCACCCCGCCCAUUACUGAUUCUAAAUGGUGAAGAUGAUCCUCGUUGUCCAAUUGCAGGCCUGGAAAUUCCUACAUCAAAAGCACGCGAAGUUUAUGAAGAGACCCAUUGUCCAGACAAUUUUAAGUUGGUAGCACAACCGGGAAUUGGGCACCAGAUGACACCAUUCAUGGUUAAAGAAGCCAGUGAUUGGUUAGACAGGUUUCUAAAGCCAGAAUGAUUAAUGUUUGUUGUAAAUCAAAACAUCUACUUGUGUGAGUCUCUAGUCAAGAAGAGCUGUUUUCUUUUCUUUCGGUAAAUAAGAUCAGCUGUCUUCUUUAUAUAUGGAAAGUUGAUUUUAAUUGCAAUAAGGCAUUUUGCAUUGGUUGUGCAGUCACAGUGUUAGAAUGUUGUGAUUGCUCUUGCGCUGCACAAAUUUCAUGCCAAAAUUUGACCCUGGCUUCUCAAUUUUGCAAAAGCUUCAUCAAACAAGCGACUUUUAGACGUCAAAAUUUCUGUGCUUCU